GCUUCACUCCAAGCAAACGAGCCAAUUUGAGAACGACGGGCGGACUGUUUAAUGGUUCCCAUCAAACCCAGUACGCUCCGCAGAACCCCCGCCAUCACACGGACUCCGGUUCCGCGCGCCCGCCAGCACCGAGAACCGCUUCUUUCCGGCGGGAGAGGAGAAGUUUUCAUCUCUCGGAACUUUCCUCGUCGUUCGGGAUACUUUUGGAGAAGAGGCGUUUCCCGUCCCGGUUCCACCAGUCCUCCCAGCGCCGGUUCUCAACGGGUUUGGUUUUUGAACCGAGUGACUUUGGAAGUUCAUGUUCACAAAUGUUAGCGGUCGGGCAGAUGGAGGCUAACCGGCAGAGUGCGUUCGUGCUGGGCAGCACCCCGCUGGCGGCGCUCCACAACAUGACCGAGAUGAAGACGUCCCUGUUCCCCUACGCGCUGCAGCAGAGCCCGGCAGGCUUCAAGGCGCCCUCGCUGGCCAGCCUUAACUCGCAGCUCUCCGGGGGAACCCCGCACGGCAUCAGCGACAUCCUGGGGAGACCCAUCACCACCGCGGGGCAGCUGCUGUCCGGCUUCCCCCGGAUAAACGGCCUGGCGACGACGGCGGCCGCCGCAGCCGCGGGAAUGUACUUCAGCCCGGCGGUGUCCCGGUACCCGAAGCCGCUGGCAGAGCUCCCGGGGAGGGCACCCAUCUUCUGGCCCGGGGUGAUGCAGGGCUCCCCGUGGAGGGACCCGCGGGUUCCCUGUCCCGCUCAGGCCAGCAUCAUGGUGGAUAAGGACGGGAAGAAGAAACAUUCCCGGCCCACCUUUUCCGGACAGCAGAUUUUUGCUCUGGAGAAAACCUUCGAGCAGACCAAGUACCUGGCCGGUCCGGAGCGGGCACGGCUGGCCUACUCUCUGGGGAUGACCGAGAGUCAAGUCAAGGUUUGGUUCCAGAACCGGAGGACCAAGUGGCGGAAGAGACACGCAGCAGAGAUGGCCUCGGCCAAGAAGAAGCACGACUCGGAAACCGAGAAGAUGAAGGAGAGUUCGGAGAACGAGGAGGACGACGAGUACAACAAACCAUUGGAUCCGAACUCGGACGACGAGAAAAUCACGAGACUGUUGAAAAAGCACAAGGCGAGCAACCUGGCGCUGAUCAGCCCCUGCAGCAACAGCUCGGACACCUUGUGAUGCCCACGGCAGAACUGGGCCGGUUCGGACACACACAGGAGGAGGACCAGAGGAGACAGCAGGGACAUGUUCUUCUCAGAUCCAGCUAGAUACGCACUGAGGACGAAUGUGCGCAAAAUGCGGAAAUCCCCCAAAAGUCAUCCGGUACGGACCGAACCCAAAAAGCCACGGAGCUAGAACUCCUGUCAGAACCGGACAAGUUUGGGUCAGUUGGACAGAAACCGGGAGAACGGAAAUGGACUUGAUGCGUUUUAACGCAAAUAUUCGACCCGGACCUGAUCACAAAAUACUUCCGGCCGCUUUUAUUUAUUUAUGUUCGUUUAGUUUUUUAAUUUUAUUCAUUACAAUCUAAUAAGUUCCGUUUUUAUCCAGACGCGUUUUUCAUUAUAAUCUGAUCAUAAUUAAAUAAAACCAGAUGAUUGGCUGAUUCGAACCGAACGGGCUGGUUCUGGAUGCAGGUGAAAACCGGCUCGCGACGCUUUCCUCCCUCUGACCCACCUGCUGCUCCGCGCCUCUCGUGUAAAAACUUCUGUAAAUAAUGUAAAGAAACAAAAACUGAUUUAAUGUCAUUUGUUUUUAUUUUGAAGUGACGUCAUCACGCAGCGGGGACAGAAAAGCGUUUGAUCUAAAGCUGAUUACUUCCGGUUGGUUAUAAGAAGAAAAAGACUGUUUUAUGAAUAAAUUAUUUAACAAGC